AUGAGCUGUCAUAUAUGCUCGCGCGCCCCCCACACCCGCCUACCAUUCCACUGUCCAACAUGUGCCCGCAAUCAGCUUUAUCAGCUGCGUAUCGAGAGCACCCAGCUGCUAUUGGAGAAGGAGGCGCUUGGGCAACAGAUUGCAGCUACUGCUACUUAUGAUACUUCCCAAGACACCAACGAUGAGAGAUCACGGCGCUGGGCCAUACAGGGAAUCAGCAGCCAACAAACUGGAUCAUUGUCAAGGCAGGAGGCUCUAGCCCAUCACAUUGAAAUCUUGAGAUUAGAGAUUAACGCCAAAAGGGUGGAGGCUUCUGAGCGCCGACAAUCCCUGUCGCGCAGGCGGUCUGAUGCUGAAUCUGCAAAGUAUCAACUCGGGGAACGAGAAAUCGCCACCCUAACCGCUAUCCAAAACACCACCAAAAGAACGGAACAUCUAUGGCACUCUUUGCACAGCAAGACAGCGGAGGCUCGGAUUUUCUUGUGUCGGGAAGCGGCCCAUUUAUAUGGUCUGCGGCAAAAGGUCUCCAAGAGGGGUGAAGCUCGGGAGAGUUAUGUCCUCGGAGGGGGUGCCACGCCAGCUCAGAUCUCAACCUCAUUGUCUAAUGUCGCCCACCUCUUGGUCCUUAUAUCACAUUAUCUCACUCUUCGACUCCCUGCCGAAGUCACCCUACCUCACCGAAACUACCCGACCUCAACAAUCCUCACCCCCGCAGCCUCUUACCAAUCACGGGAAACUCCCGAAAGCAGUGGCACUUCCUCCCAGACAUCGACACCCAGUCUAACGGCAUCGAGAACCCUCGAUGCGCGCAUCCACUUACCGCGCCCGAGACCGUUGUUUAUCGACAGGCCUCUGCCCCGAUUGGCCAAAGAGGAGCCUGCAACAUAUGCUCUCUUUCUAGAGGGAGCCACCCUGUUGGCCUGGGACGUCGCAUGGCUUUGUCGCACACAAGGGAUCAACCUAUCCUCAGACUCGUGGGAGGAUGUAUGCAAUCUUGGAAAGAACAUGUGGCAGCUGCUAGUCGCCCCGCCAGCUCAAACUUCAACUCUGAUGCGAGCCUUUGCCGGUCGGGAUACACAGACCAAAAUGAAAACCGCCAGAGAUUCCCCCAAGACUACGAUUCAGCGAACGAAAUCUUUCCCCAUGCUGGGGCACUAUUCCCACGGGACUGCGCAUUCUUUCUUGGGGGCAUCCGAAGGAUCGGAGUUUAUGCGAACCUGGAAGCUGCCGACUCCAAUCAAGAUCGUGGAUAAUUUGAAGUCCAAUCUACUUGGGGAGAUGGCCAGCGCCGAAUGGGAGCUGCUAGAGGAAAAGGAGUGGGAUGACGGAAUGGACCGGGUGGAAUAA